AUGGAGUAAAUGAGCAAGUACACACUUAAAUUUAAAGCAAAAGAGAUUGAAGAGAAAUAUUAGGCAUAGUCAUAUUAAAAACAUCUAAAACCCUUAUUUUAUGGUUUGCUUAUUAUGGCAUUGUCUUUGAAUACACUUUAACUGGCCAUAAAUUCAUAGAAGAAUAAUUUAGUGAUUCCUUAUAUUAAUAUGGGAUUUAUCAUUAUAUGUCUAAUUGGUUUAUACGUAAUGUACAAAAUAGAAGGUUUAACAGCAAAGAUUAUAACAAUUACAAAUGCUUAUUCUUUGUCAUUAUAAUUCAAUUUUUCUCCUGAAACUACUCAAGGAUAGGAAUACUAUUUAUAUGGUUGUAACUUUUCACUAAUAUAGGCUGUUAUAUACUUUUCUACUGAUUUUCAUUUAAGUUGUCCUUCUCUCUUACUGCAUAUAAUUUUUAGAUAAACAUCAACAAUUUUGUUAACAAAUAAAAUAGAUGUUUAAAGUUUAUCAUUGUCUAUGGCUACAGCAAUAUUAAUUACAUGUGUCCUUUACAUGUGUAAUAAAGCUUAUAGAAUACAAUUUUUAAUGAACUAUUAAUAAGAUACUAUUAAUAAUUAAUUGCAUAAAUUAAUAAAUAAACCUUUUUCAAAGAUAUAGUUCAAUGAGAAGAAACUAUAAAUUGAUGUUUAAACAACUGCUUUUCAUGAAUAAUUCGAAGAUUAUAAUAAUGAAUUUUGUACUGGAUGUAAUGUUAGAAGUUUUAUUAGAAAUUGUAUAAUAAAUAAUAUGACAUUGGAACAAGCAUUGAUAAGUAGUUAAGUUAAAUUUGAUGAGAGUUUUGAAGUUAAAUUAUAAAGAAAAAAAGUUAAGAUACGAUUAUGUUAAUAUAAUAUAGAUAAUAGUAUAAUACUAAUAUAAGAAAGUGUUUAAAAAGAUCCAAUUCUAUAUAAGAAAGUUUCAUACAAUUUAUAGUAAUCUUUAUUUAAAUAAUUUAAUGCAAUUAGAAAGACUCCACAGAAUUAACAAUUUUAGUUUGGAACUUUAUCAAUUUUAAUGUUAAGAUAAUUUUAAAUAAGAACAAUUAAUAUUAGAAAAUUGAUAAAAAAUUUAAUGUCUAUCUACUUAAUAUCUAAGAAAAUUAAAUUAAAUUUUAAUGGAGAUUAUACAAUAAAAAUAAGAACAUAUGGACACUUAAUUAAAAUAUUCUUAAUAUAAGUUUUUUGUAUUCUUUAAGAUUUGGAAUAUUAAUAAAAUUAUUUAGAAGAAAUUAGUAUAUUGAAUUUGGAAACAUGUCUGUAAAUUAAAUUAACAAUAAAUGAUUAGUUUCCUUUUUUUCCACUUUAUUUGAGAAAUUAUUUUAUUGAAUAGACAGCUCCUUAUUUGCUUUUAAAUCCAUUAAAUUACAAUUUAGAAUUUUAAUUUAGCAAGAUAAUGCCUUUUAAUGAUGUCAAUUUAGAAUAUUGA